CAUAACACUACGAAGCCAGCAGCAGCACAGCAGUACGUACACAUAGACACACAAGUUCAGACUCAGCAGUCUUCUAUUUCUACUCACCACACGUGAAGAUUUGAUUCGAGUUUCUGAACCCAAUCAGUGACCGAUCCGUCAGACAGACGCAAUGACAGCCGAAAGCGCUCCACGAGACAGGUAUAAUGCUGUAUGGAUCAUAUUCUUCAUUCUGGGCCUGGGAACUCUGCUGCCAUGGAAUUUCUUCAUGACUGCUACCAUGUACUUCACCCAGCGUCUGAAGGACCCACAGACCCAUGGAGAACACAAUCAGACAGUCAACGGGUCGGUGGUGAUAGAGGGUGACACCCGUAACGUCCUGGAGUCAAAGUUCAACAACGUGAUGACGCUGUGUGCCAUGGUACCGCUGCUCAUCUUCACCUGCCUCAACUCCUUCAUCCACCAGAGGAUUCCUCAGAAGUUGAGGAUCUCAGGCAGUCUGUCUGUCAUUUUCGUGGUGUUUCUCAUCACAGCUGUGCUGGUGAAGGUGGAGAUGGAGCCCCUGCCGUUCUUUGCAUUCACUAUGAUCAAAAUCAUCUGCAUCAACUCGUUCGGAGCCAUUCUGCAAGGGAGUCUGUUUGGUUUGGCUGGAAUGCUCCCAGCGUCCUACACUACGCCCAUCAUGAGCGGACAGGGCCUGGCAGGGGCGUUUGCGGCCUUCUCCAUGAUCUGUGCGCUCGCCUCGGGCUCAGCGUUACAGGACAGUGCCUUCGGCUACUUCAUCAUUGCCUGUGUGGUCAUUCUCCUGGCCAUCGUCUCUUACCUCGCUCUGCCUAAAAUGGAGUUUUUCCAGUAUUUCUCUGAGAGCAGUGGCUCUCGAUCCAGCGCUGAUCAGGAAAACAAGAUGGAUUUGCUUAAACCAGAAGGUCAAAGAGAGAAGAGCCUGACUGAUGAAGAGAGCAGACCCGCCGUGUCAGUGUUUGGCAUCUUCAAACAGAUCUGGGUGAUGGCUCUUUCUGUGUGCUUCGUGUUCGCUGUCACCAUCGGCAUCUUCCCAGCCGUCACUGUUGAGGUGAAGACCACUGUUGUUGAAGAGGGGAACGGUUGGGAUACUUACUUCAUCCCUGUGUCCUGCUUCCUCCUGUUUAACAUGAUGGACUGGGUCGGCAGGAGCCUGACUGCUGUCUGUAUGUGGCCUGGUAAAGACAGCAUCUGGCUGCCCGUCCUGGUCAUCGCACGCUUGGUGUUCGUUCCUCUCUUCAUGCUCUGUAACGUUCAGCCCAGACACUACCUGCCUGUGGUGUUCGCUCACGACGCCUGGUACAUCAUCUUCAUGAUCCUCUUCUCCUUCAGCAACGGAUACCUGGCCAGCCUCUGCAUGUGCUUCGGACCAAAGAAAGUAUCUCAACAUGAAGCAGAAACCGCAGGGGCCAUCAUGGCUUUUUUCCUCUCUCUUGGCUUGGCUGUGGGAGCCGCGUUAUCCUUCGGUUUCCGGGCCAUGAUCUAGAAGCAUGGCCUGGUUCUCAGUAUGAUGAAGAUGAACUUUAACCCUAGAUACACACAGAGCCAGAGAGAAUGUGUAUCCGUUUGUCUGUAAUGAAGUGGAACUGUUAUAGACAAUAUUCACACCAGGAUUCUAAGAAGGAGCAUCUUCAUCAACAUCAGGAUAUUAUGAGCAUCAUCAUCUUCAUCAGACAUAAAACGAGCCAAAUCUGUUUUCAUUUUUUAUUUUUUUUAAUACUUUUUGUAAAGUGUGCCAAUUCUGUAUUUAGCAAUAAUGUAUAGUUCAGGUUAACCCCUUUCCGUUUUAGUUAUUUUUAACAUUUGUGUGAGCACUAACCGUUUUAAUUGUCCUGUUCUAGUUUCGUUUAGCGAUGGCAGAGACGUGCAGCUAGGGCAGUAGUUCACUGCAAAACAUAUUUUUUAAUUUCCCGUUUUUAAAAUGACUUAAAAUUAAAAAUGACUUUUUUGAUAUUAUAUAAGGUCUUGUUUUAUGAAAAAUCUAUCCCAAUUAAGUACGUUUAUGCUUAAAAAAAAGUAUCUACCAUAUAAUCUGGUUUUGCCUUUGAAUUAAAUUUGUUUGUCUUGCAUUAUUGGCAGAUAUUUUUACUUGUAAUUUUUCUAGUAAUUUUGAUAGUUUGAUAAAACAAGACUUAGCAUCAAAAGUCAUUUUUAAGUAAAUGUCUCUUCAUUUAAGCAUAUACUGAUACUGAAAACGAGGCAAAAAUACUGAUUGCAGUGGUUCUAGAUUAAUCGUACUGUAUCACAUCAUUAAAGGGCCCCAGCUGAAGUUUAGAGUGGUGUUUUGAAGAUUAAGAUCUGUUCAGAUGUCUGCUGUUUAUUUUGCAAUGCAUUUGAUUUGAACAUGUUUUCAAAUAUUUAGCCAUAAUACAUUUUGUAAGAGUUAAGAGUGAAGGUCUAAAAGUGUUACAUUUGAACUUAUUAUUUAUACGUGUUUUUUUAAACUGCUUUUUUUUAAUGAAAUGUUAUUAAUGCAGCAUGUAUGACACAAUUUUACACCAUGUAAAUGCACAACUUUCUUUGGUGCCUUUUGAAUGAGAUGUUAAAAAAAAAAAAAAUGUACGGUGGGUGGGUGGGUUUGUGAAUGGAAGGGAAU